UUGAUUACUGGUGCGACUGGACUUCUUGGCCGAGCCGUGUUUAAAGAAUUCAAUGGCAACAACUGGAAUGCAGUGGGCUGUGGAUACAGGCGAGCACAGCCCAGGUUUGAGCAGGUCAAUCUUCUGGACUCUAUUGCAGUUCAUGACAUUAUCCAUGAUUUUCAGCCUCACGUUAUAGUGCAUUGUGCUGCCGAGAGAAGGCCGGAUGUUGUAGAGAGUCAACCAGAUUCUGCUUCUCAGCUCAAUGUGGCUGCUUCAGGCAACUUGGCAAAAGAAGCAGCUGCAAUUGGAGCGUUUCUGAUCUACAUCAGUACAGACUAUGUAUUUGAUGGAACAAGUCCUCCUUAUAAAGAGACCGACGCACCGAAUCCCCUGAAUUUAUAUGGUAAAACAAAAUUGGAGGGAGAAAAGGCAGUCCUAGAAAAUAAUGAAGAUGCUGCAGUGCUUAGGAUUCCUGUCUUGUAUGGAGAAGUAGAAAAACUGGAGGAAAGUGCCGUGACUGUUAUGUUUGAUAAAGUCCAGUUCAGUAAUAAAUCAGCCAACAUGGACCACUGGCAGCAAAGAUUUCCUACUAAUGUAAAGGAUGUAGCAGCUGUUUGCAGACAGCUAGCAGAGAAGAGAAUGCUGGACCCAUCAAUAAAAGGAACGUUUCACUGGUCUGGUAAUGAGCAGAUGACUAAGUAUGAAAUGGCCUGUGCGAUUGCAGAUGCUUUCAACCUUCCCAGCAGCCAUCUGAGACCUAUUACUGAUAGCCCAGUUGUGGGAGCUCUUCGUCCGAGGAACGCUCAGCUAGACUGCUCCAAGCUGGAGAUGCUGGGGAUAGGUCAGAGGACACCGUUUCGAGCUGGGAUCAAAGAAUCGCUUUGGCCUUUCCUCAUUGACAAGAGAUGGAGGCAGACGGUCUUCCAUUAGUUUGUAACUUUUUUAGUAAAAGUAUGUUAAUGUGGCACUUUUUUAAAAGAAAAAAAAAGAAUAGUUUUGUAUGAGUGUUCUUAAAUUGUGACAUAUACGAGUUUUCAUUUAAUCAGGUAAACAUACGGUCUUGCACUAGUGAAAUUGUUAACCUAAAAAAAAGUUCAGUGACAAAAACUGAGCCUGUUUCAAGUCAUGAAUUUUUCCUUCCAUUUGUAUCAGUCUACCUUGAUAUCUAUUCCUAGUGAAUUAUGGUUUUGGUCAUCGGUAUCAUUUGAUACUUAAAGGCUUGGAUCACCUGUAGACUUCCUCUUGACUAAUAUAUAUACCGUUAAUGCUUAAGGUCUGUGCUAUUGUUAUAUAUACAGUUUCUCUUCAUUAAAAGCCUUGGUUAGUUAUGUUAUCACC